AUGGCAUCCUUAUUGAAGAAGCCGUUGAAGCUUGCCCUCGUGCAGCUGGCCUCAGGCGCCGACAAAACAGUCAACCUCUCCAACGCCCGUACCAAAGUCCUCGAAGCCGCAAAAGCUGGCGCAUCCCUAAUCGUUCUCCCCGAAUGCUUCAACUCCCCCUAUGGCACGCAAUAUUUCCCCAAAUACGCCGAAACCCUGCUACCCUCCCCGCCCACCAAGGAACAAUCCCCCUCCUUCCACUCGCUCUCCUCCAUUGCCGCAGAAGCAAAAGCGUACCUUGUGGGCGGCAGUAUCCCCGAACUCGAUGCGAUAACGAAGAAAUACUACAAUACCUCGUUGGUGUUCUCCCCGAGCGGUUCGCUGAUCGGCACGCAUCGCAAGACGCACCUGUUUGACAUCGACAUCCCCGGCAAGAUCACAUUCAAGGAAAGCGAGGUGCUUUCGCCCGGCAACCAGUUAACCGUCAUCGACCUCCCAGAAUACGGCAAGAUCGGACUGUCCAUCUGCUACGAUAUCCGCUUCCCCGAAGCAGCCAUGAUCGCAGCCCGCAAGGGCGCCUUCCUACUCGUCUACCCCGGCGCUUUCAACCUGACCACCGGACCGCUGCAUUGGUCGUUGCUUGCGCGGGCGCGUGCCGUCGAUAACCAGGUAUAUGUGGCGAUGUGCAGUCCGGCAAGGGAUAUGAGUUCUACGUACCAUGCGUACGGGCAUAGUUUGGUUGCGAACCCGAGUGCGCAGGUUCUCAGCGAGGCGGAGGAGGGUGAGGAGAUUGUUUAUGCGGAGUUGGAUAAUGAGACGCUGGAGGGGACAAGGAAGGGAAUUCCGAUUUAUACGCAGCGGCGGUUUGAUUUGUAUCCGGAUGUCAGUGGGGAGGGGCAGGCUUAG